AUGGAAGAGAUAAAAGAGUUCAGAUAUUUGGGAUACAUACUGCAAGCAAAUGGAAAACAAGAGGCACAAGUGAAGGAAAGGGUGAAGAGAGUAGCUAGAAUAUUGAGAGGGGUAUGGGGAAUAGGGAAAAGGAGGUUCGGAAAGGACUGGAGCAGAAGAGUAUGGUUGUUCGAUAGACUGGUCUGGACAGUAAUGAAUUACAGAGUAGAGAUCUGGGGCUGGAGGGAAAGGGAAGGGAUGAAGAGACUAGAAGAGAGAUACCUAAGAUGGGUGUUUGGUUUAAAUAGUAGAACGCCGAGAUAUCUGAAGAUGGAUACAAAUAUGCGUAGAAGACGUCUGUUGUUGCUGAGCUUGUCAUACAUAAGAAGAAAGAAAAAUAAAAGAAAUACAUCAAAACGAAGAUUUUGGGUACACCCAAUAUUGCAAUUGAAACAACAACAAGGAGAUUGGCACAAUUUGGUUCGUGAAAUGCAAUUGCAAAACGACGAAACCUAUUUCAAUUACAUGAGGAUACCACCGACAAUGUUCAAUUACAUUUUAUCAAGAAUAGAGCCUUUAAUAACGAAACAGGAAACAAAUUUUAGAGUUCCUAUUCUAGCAGCUGCAAGAUUGUCAAUGACUUUACGUUAUUUGGCAAGUGGAGAUGGACUUCAAUCCAUCGCAUUAAAUUAUCGCACCGGAAGAAGUACAACGUCACGAAUAGUAAAGGAAACGUGUGAAGCAAUAUGGGAAAUGUUUCACAAAGAGGUAUUAUUUACUGUGUCAGAAAAUGGAUGGCGUGAAGUAGCUCAUGAAUUUCAAGAGAGAUGGAAUUUUCCCAAUUGUAUUGGUGCUUUAGAUGGAAAGCAUGUUGCUGUUAUUGGUAGACACAGUGACGGAGGAAUUUUUAAAAACUCAAUUAUGGGUCAAAGAUUUUAUAAUAACACUAUGAAUUUGCCUCAUCCGUCUGCUAUUAGCACAAGACACACCGUGCCAUACGUUAUAACAGCAGAUGAAGCAUUUCAAUUAAACACAUUUACCAUGCGACCAUAUCCGUCCAAAAAUUUAACUAAAAAUCAACGAACAUUUAAUUAUAGAUUAAGCAGGUCGCGAAAUGUCGUGGAAAAUGCUUUUGGAAUAUUGGCAAGUCGAUGGCGUAUUUAUCAAAAACCUAUCAAUACUAGCCUCGAAACAGCUGAUUCGAUAAUCAAAGCGACGGUUUGUUUGCAUAACCUUCUGAUGGAUAACUCAUUUUACUGUGGACAACAAUAUGGCGAUAGA